AUGUCUCGACCCUGGUCAACUCUGUGGAAACAAUGUCGAAGUUUUAUAUCCGGCAGUAAGACCGUGAAGCGCACACUCUCAGCGCUGAUAUGGUUGCCCUCGGGUGUGUACUUCACGCAAUACUUCUACGUCCUUAAGUCCAUCAAGGGAACAAGCAUGCAGCCUACGCUCAACCCCGACACGUCUGAGUGGCGGGACAUCGUGAUCUUUGACCGGUUCACGAUACGCUGGUUGCGUCGGUUUGAGAGAGGCGACGUGGUAGCCCUGCGGUCGCCCACAGACUCAAAAUUAGUGGUCAAGAGAAUCAUUGCUCUAGAGGGCGAUACAGUGAAGACACUACCCCCGUAUCCUGACACGGAGAUAAACAUCCCGCAGGGCCAUGCAUGGGUUGAAGGUGACGAACCCUUCCGGAGUGAAGACAGCAACUAUUUUGGUCCGGUUCCUCUUGCACUAAUUGAAUCCAAACUGUCGUUCAUCGUCUGGCCCCUGUCGCGCUAUGGGCCUAUCCAAAAUCCCAGUAUUCCCGAACCGAAGUCUCUGCGAAGGCCUGGAUGGCGGCGAGACAUAGCGCAAAUAGAGAGGCAGCAAUGGAGGAACUCUCGCGUAAAGAUAGCAGAGUAG